AUGCUGCCACUGGCCUUACUGGUAGUGUUCUUACUAAAUGGAGCAGCAGCGACUUCCAGCGAAUGCAAGCAAUGCAAAUUUGCCGUUGAGCUCUUGCACGACGCUUGGGGUGACAAGACGACAGAAGAAUGCGUUGGCGACCUAGCUCUCUUUAUUUGUCAGACGUUCAAAAUUGAAGACCAUUUCAUCUGCCAAGGAAUUGUAGGAGACUUCAAGGACGAAUUCAUGUAUGUACUGGGACAAAUUAUCGUCGAGCCACAUCAAAUUUGCGGUCUAUUGCUAGAUGACUGUGGUAAUUUUUUGGAUCCGUUCAACUCUACUUGGAGUGUGCCUAUGCCUGGCGGGCAGCCAGCACCCGUCGACAAGCAACCAGUCCCAGCUGGAAAUCCAACACUGCGUGUUUUGCAUCUCACAGAUGUUCAUUUGGAUAUGUAUUACACUCCUGGGUUAGAAGCGAAGUGCUCUGAACCUCUAUGUUGUCGUCCCCAACAAGAUCCGGAUGAGGUAUCUGUAGCAGCGAAUGCAGACGUGCAAGUACCGGCUGGCCCUUGGGGUACGGUUGGCGAUUGUGAUACCCCAUAUUGGCUGUUCACGAAUAUGCUUCAAUUCAUCCAAGCGAAUCACAAAGAUCUCGACUAUGUAAUGGUUUCUGGGGAUUUGGUUUCACACGCCGUCUGGGACUACAAUCGAGAUGCCCAUGUGGCCAUGGUGAAAAAUAUCUCGGAUACGCUCCGAAUGUACUUUCCCACGAUUCCAGUGUACUUUGCCGUCGGAAAUCAUGAAGGAGUACCAAUAGACAACUUCGCUCCUCAUUUCACUCCAAAGCAAUUCCACAUGGACUGGUUGUAUGAUGCAAUGGCCGACGCAUGGAAUGGAUGGAUUCCGGAGAAUCAAGUUCAACAUGUAAAAUAUAUGGGCUGUUACAUGAAAGAAAUCUACCCUGGUCUACGUCUUGUCUCUGUGAACAAUGCGCUUGGAGGCGACUCAGUCAACUUUUUCCUCUACGUCAACCAGACCGAUCCUGACGGCACAUUAACCUGGCUUAUCAGGCAGCUGGAGGAUGCCGAAGCCAUGGGUGACAAGGUUAGCUUUACAAUUUUUCAUGAACCCUUACCAUCCUACCUCCAACAUCAAACGCAACUUGAUGCCGUUCAGCCUGGAGUACAUCUGCUAGCCAUCAGGGUUAUAAAAGCACAAAGUAUGGUAUGA